CCCAUCGCGACACCAGCAGCAGCUUCUUUCUGCCCCAGCAAUGGCAGAAGCUGUUAUAAGGCACUGGGUAGAAACCCCCGUACGCUACCAAGAGCAGUUUGCUGCCCAAGAGCUGGAAGCACACAAACUAGAUCACUCUUUAUACGCUUUGCCAGGCCCUGCUAUGGCCACUCUGAGCGGCAGCGGGUGUGCCAUGGGCAGCACGGCGGAGGCUGGGGCGAGCGGCCGGGAGGAGGAAGCCAGACGCUUUCGGGUCCUGCUGGACGUUGUGCAGUUCCGCCCUGAAGAUAUCAUCAUUCAGACGUUCGAAGGCUGGCUGCUGAUCAGAGCUCAGCACGGACCCAGGAUGGACGAGCACGGCUUCGUAGCCAGGAGCUUUACCAGGCAGUACAAAUUGCCUGAGGGAGUGGAGAACAAAGAUUUGUCUGCUCUCUUCUGCCAUGACGGUAUUUUGGUCGUUGAGAUGAAGAACUCGGUGGGAAGGAAUUAG